AUGACUCGACACGGUCCCAUGCCGGUUCACGACCGAGUCAACAAAACCGGACGAAGGAUAAGGGCGGAUAAGAGUUUGAGCAGCAAGGACAGAGAUCCGCCUGCAAAAGCCAGGGGCAACGAGGCUGAUAGAACAAAGGCGAAAAUACUGCGCGAAAGCAUGCAAUAUCUGCUCAAAAGCAAUUGUCGCCACAGCUUACUGGCUCUCCUGGCCCUUGGAGGCGAGCCUUACAAGCUGAACAAAAGCACAAAGCGGAAGAAAGUCGGGCAGAUCCAAGUGUCAAACCUAAAACACACAUUUCAGGACCCAAUCCGUCUCGGUAGCAAAAGUAGGAUUGGGUCUUUGAAAAGAUGGACAAUGCUCGUCCCCACCUUGACGUCGAAAAAGCGUGCUUGGAUCUAUGGCUCAACGAACUGUGGCUUCCAAAAGAACGAGAGGUGUAUGACGCCCUGCUGA